AUGGUUCCACCUCCACCUACACCUGCUGCCUACCAGCAACAACAACAACUAUCACAGAGAAAGAAGAAGAAGGAGAAACGUCAACAACAGCAACAGCCACAACAAUCACAAUCACAACAACAACAACAACAAUCACAACAACAACCAAAGACACAUCAACCUCAACCUCAACAACAACAAAAGAUACAAAGAAGACAACAACAACGACAACAACAACAAACAAAAGAUAAAGAAGAAGUUACAAUAAUUGAUCAAGCUACAUUAGAGUUAAAGAGAAAAGAGAUACAAGAUCAAAAGGUUAGACUACCUGUAUAUACUGCAAGAGAUGCAUUACUAGAUAAUAUUAGAAAGAAUCAGACUGUUGUCGUGAUAUCAGAGACGGGCACGGGAAAGACGACACAGAUACCUCAAUACCUGAGGGAGGACGGCUGGACAAAGAAGGGCGUCAUCGCCAUCACCCAACCAAGGCGAGUGGCCGCCAUCUCCAUCUCAAAGCGUGUGUCUGACGAGAUCGGAUGCAAGCUGGGCGAUGAAGUUGGCUACUGUGUGCGAUUCGACGAUCAGACCAAUGAACAGACCAAGCUAAAGUACAUGACAGAUGGUAUGCUGGUGCGUGAGGCGAUGAUCGACCCUUCGUUAUCCAAAUACAGCGUGAUCAUAUUGGAUGAGGCGCACGAGCGCACACUCAACACCGAUGUACUCUUUGCGCUCAUCAAGUCAAUCCAAGCCAAGCGACCAUCACUACGCAUAGUCAUCAUGUCUGCCACACUCGACGCUGAGCUAUUCUCCGCCUACUUUAACAAAGCACCCAUAUUAUACAUUGAGGGAAGACAGUUCCCCGUGCGAUUGUUCUAUUCGAGCGAAGUGCAGAAGGAUUACUUGGACGCCGCAUUAGUCACUGUGUUGCAGAUUCACUUGGAGUUACAGAAUGGCACUGAUAACAAUGCAAUGAUAACAACAUUGGAUGGCAGCGAUGACGAUGACAAUGGCGAUAUUUUGGUAUUCUUGACAGGUCGCGAGGAGAUUGACAACUUGGAGAAGCUGCUGCUGGAGCGCAUUCCACGUCUGCCGCCAAACGCCAAGAAGCUGCUCGUGUGCCCUAUCUACGCCGCCAUGCCACAGGAGCAGCAGAUGAAGGUAUUUGAGCGCGCACCCAAGGGCACGCGCAAGGUCAUCAUUGCCACAAACAUCGCAGAGACCUCACUCACAAUCAAUGGCAUUCGAUACGUGGUGGACACGGGCGUGGUCAAGUCGCGCCUCUACAACCCCAAGAUUGGUGUCGACUCGCUCACCGUCAUCCCCAUCUCCAAGGCGUCGGCGCAGCAGCGUACGGGUCGUGCGGGUCGUGAGUUCCCGGGUCAGUGCUACCGCCUGUACACCGAGGAGACGUACGGCAAGCUGGACGAGUCGUCCAUCCCCGAGAUCAAGCGAUCAAACAUUGCAAACGUCAUCCUGCAGCUCAAGACCAUUGGCGUCGAUGACAUCCUCGGCUUUGACUUCCUCGAGCGACCCCCUUUGUCGGCCAUCCAGAAGUCGCUCGAGCAGCUCUAUUGUCUGGACGCGCUGGAUCACAGUGGCGCGCUGACGACACUUGGACGCAAGAUGUCGCAGUUCCCCCUGGAGCCAAUAUACAGCAAGACAUUGAUCAAGUCGGAAGAGUUUGAAUGUGUGGAGGAGGUGCUGAUUGUUAUCAGCAUGCUGUCGGUCGAGUCUAUAUUCUACACGCCACGCGACAAGAAGUCGGAAGUGGAGGCGAUCAAGAAGAUCUUCUUCUCAGCCGAAGGUGAUCAUCUAACACUUCUCAACGUAUUCCGCGAGUUCCAACGAGUGAAUGGCAAUCAACAAUGGUGUUACGAUCACUUCAUCAACAUCAAGUCAAUGGACAAAGUUGUGAAUGUAUUCAAUCAAUUGUUGGAGUAUUGCCAGAACUCGAAUAUGAAGAUUGAAAGCUGUGGCAAUGAAUUGGAACGUGUGAGGAGAUGCUUCAUCACUGGAUUCUUCUUGAAUGUGGCAGCACUGCAACCUGAUAAGAAGUAUCGCACGAUGGUUGACAAUAGGGAGAUACACAUCCAUCCGACGUCAUUCAUGUUUGACAUCAAGCCCGACUAUAUACUAUACAACGAACUGACAGUCACGUCCAAAGCAUUCGUACGCAAUGUUAUACCGAUUGAACCUUCAUGGCUACCCGAGUUAUGUCCCAAGUAUUAUGGAUCGCGGCCUUCCUCCACCUCCUCAGCUACCAACUCUGUCCAGGCCUCCAAAUAA